GUCACUGAAUGGAUUUUCCACGAGAUUUGGAUGGCUCUGCUGCCACCCUCGAUUCUGCUACCUUCAACGAGUCCUACGGCGAAUGCUAGUAGGAGGGUCAAAGCUAUUGGAGUCAGCAACUUUUCCAUCAAGACUCUUGAAGAGCUAUUCCAAACAACAACUACCACUCCAGCCAUGAACGUGAUAGAGCAACAUCCUUACUUUUUACAGACCGAUCUCAUCGCUUACCACAAGAAGGGCAUCGCUACCAUACCGACGGGCGACAACGAGCAGAAGCAGAAGGAUAUUAUCAAUUUUCCCACUCUCGAUGAAGAGGACAUGGUGAAGAUAAAUGGAUUGGACCGCGGCGAGAGGUUGUGUGACAACAUCGACUAGAAUGGCAGGUCCUGGGCAUGGACGAAGGAGAAAUUGGGAUGG